GUCUUUCUCUCGCGGAAAGACUGGUCUGCUUGUCGAUGACUUGCCGAUUACUGAGCUUUUCUGCCUUAAAAAAGACAGUUUUUAAUCCAACAACGUCCUUCACGCAGCUAGCAAGAAGUAUGAGUCGUUUUGGAAGAGACAGAGGUUACGAUUCGUCGGCCCGGUCGGAUAGGAAAGGGUUUGGUGGAGGUGGUCGUAGUGGAGGUAGCAGUUAUGGUGGGGGUAGUAGAAGUGGUGGUGGUGGUUAUGGUAGCGGAAGUGGUGGUUAUGGCAGCGGUGGUGGAAGUUAUGGAGGCUAUGGUGGAGGUGGUGGUUAUGGUGGGAAAAAAGACAAGUUCAGCCAACCUGGUGCUAAUCUAAGGAAACCAAAAUGGGACCUAAAUAACAUGCCAAAAUUUGAAAAGAAUUUCUAUAAAGAACAUCCCAAUGUGCAAAAUUUGAGCCAAGCUGAGGUUGAAGAGUAUCGGAAGUCAAAAGAAAUGACGCUUUCUGGCAGGGGGGUGCCAAGACCUGUUAAGAACUUCAGUGAAAUGUUAUUCCCAGAUUACAUAACUGGUGAACUGACAAGAAUGGGUUUUGUUGAGCCAACUCCCAUACAAGCACAAGGCUGGCCAAUGGCUAUGUCUGGACGAGAUGUUGUAGGCAUUGCUCAAACUGGUUCGGGAAAAACCAUCUCGUUCAUUAUACCAGGGAUCAUUCAUAUCAAUCACCAACCUUUACUGCAACAUGGCGAUGGUCCUAUAGUUCUCGUUCUUUGUCCAACAAGAGAAUUAGCCCAACAAGUGCAGGGAGUCGCCCAGCAAUUUGGCAGAACAUGCAAAGUCCGUACAUCUUGCAUCUACGGCGGCGCUCCAAAAGGACCUCAAAUAAGAGAGUUAGAGAGAGGAAGUGAAAUCGUCGUUGCAACACCUGGACGUCUCAUAGACAUGCUUGAAGCACGUAAGACAAACCUCCGACGGUGCACAUACCUUGUUCUUGAUGAAGCAGACCGAAUGUUGGACAUGGGCUUUGAGCCUCAAAUUAGAACCAUCAUAGAACAGAUUCGACCAGAUCGCCAAGUACUGAUGUGGAGCGCAACAUGGCCGAAGGAAGUACAAAGUUUAGCGAGGGAUUUUCUCAACGACUACAUCCAGGUCAACAUUGGAUCCUUGCAACUUCAUGCGAACCAUAAUAUCCUACAAAUUGUUGAUGUCUGUCAAGAAUUUGAAAAGGCUGGAAAGCUUGCAAAACUUUUAGAGGAGAUUAUGGGAGAGAAGGAAAAUAAGACAUUAAUAUUUACCGAAACAAAGCGAAAGGCAGAUGAUCUUACCAGAAGUCUUCGUCGCGAAGGAUGGCCUUGUAUGUGCAUUCAUGGUGACAAAUCACAACCUGAACGAGACUGGGUGUUAAAUGAAUUUCGUUCUGGUAAUGCACCAAUUCUAAUAGCGACAGAUGUUGCCUCCCGUGGUCUAGAUGUGAGCGAUAUCAAGUUUGUCAUCAACGUCGAUUAUCCUUCGUCAAGCGAGGACUACAUCCAUCGUAUUGGUAGGACAGCUCGUUCGGAUAGACACGGAACCGCGUACACUUUCUUCACCCAAGCAAACGCUAAACAGGCGAAGGAUCUUGUGAAUGUGUUGCAAGAAGCAAACCAACAAGUCAGCAGCAAACUGAUGGAACUCGUACACAUGGCUGGAAGUUUUGGUGGACGAUCGCGAAGUCGAUACAGAAAUGCAGACAAGUCUUCAGGUGGUGGAGGCUACAAAGGUUCUUCUGGAGGGGGUGGGUAUAAGAGUGGUGGUUACAAUAAGAGUGGCGGUGGGGGAGGUGGUAGUUAUAAAAGUGGUGGUCAAAAUGGUUAUGGUGGCAGCAGUCAGAAGUCCUACUCCUCUGGCGGAAGUGGUGGUGGAUACCAACAGCAAACCACCCAACAACAGAACAACUACCAGCAGCAACAGAAUACCUACCAGCAGCAAGGUUACCAAGGCUAUGCCAACUACCAGCAACAACCACAGACGACAUCCACUACUGGUGGUUACCAGCAACAGAGCACCGGUUACCAACAACAGAACUAUCAACAACCAGGUUUUACUUCGGGAUAUCCAACCCAAUAAGAAAUCGUCCCUCACAACCACCUCGAUUCAUUUUAAGCAGUUAUUUUUGAGUUCCGACCAACAUCUGUUUUAGUUUAUAAAUAUGCAUAAUGUAGAUUGGAGAUGAUUUCCAAAAAGCACCUCGUCUGAAUGUUUUUAUGCAAAAAAA